AAUAUAUAUUUAAAAAAAAACGUAAUGUGGUUUGUAGAAAAUAUGUAAAGAAAUUCAUAAGGGUCAAUUAGUUUGUCGUUUAUAAGAUGAAUAGCUAUAAAGUGAAUUCACGACUGUUGUCGCGCUUUAAUUCUUUAAUUAGCCAGACGCAAAGAUAUUUAAGUGCGCCUGCUGAGGUUGAAAUCGAUGAAUCCGAUAAGAAAUUAUUUGAAUCUUAUAUUAAACCAAAAGUAGAAAAAAUAGAAGAAGACGAUGUCAAAUUUCCACCAAUUAUUGAUAAUAGCGAAAUUGGUAAAGAGCAGCGUAAGCGUCAAAGAUGGUUUGAUAAAAUUAGGCAAUUAGGUAUAGUAGAGGAAAAGAUUUUUGAAUUAAAUAUGCCAAAGUAUUAUGGAUGGAAAAUAAAUAAAAUUGAAGAAGGUGUUUUACCGUAUGAUCCAUUACCGCAAGCACAAUAUAUCACAAGGACUCAUUUAGCGAAUACAGUCAAUUUACCCAAAUAUUACGAUUCUGUAUUGAGCGCUGAAGAAUUGAAUUCCUUAGUUGAAAAGAUCAAAAAUCAGGUCAAAGAUGCUUUAGUUUUUGAGUUUUAUUAUAGAAACCGAGACCAUGAAUAUAAUUCGGAACAAUUAAAUGAUAAGUGUUUUAUGGAUAAUGUAUUAGCUAAGAACGUAAGUCAACAAAUUAAUAGCAUAUUAAUUUCUAAUUUAUGUCCAACCAACGUGCAUUUGAUAGACACACAAAUAGAUAUCGAACCUCGUAUCGAAGCUUUUUGGGCCUUUGGUGGUCUGGAGCAACCGGAAAAAUAUAAAAAAUUCAAUCAAUUUUGUAAUCCUCGUAUUCAUCGUCGGUAUCCUGAACGUCUUAAUCAAUAUAUGAAAUAUAUUGGCAAACCCAUAUUACAUUUAAGGCAUAAUUUACCAUUGAAAGAAAUAAUAUCCUUGAAGGAUUCUGAAGAUGAAAAGUUAGAUAUUCCUAUUAACAAAUUUGAUUUAAGAAAAAUGGGAUAUUUUCAAAGUCGUGAAAGAGCAACGAUUAUACCAGGCUUCUGGCCUGGAGAUUACAGUGAAUUUGGAUUCUUAUCAUAUCAUAGUAUUGGACAUCUUAAAAAUAGGCCAGAACAGUUCAAUGAUAAUGUCGAUGCCAUAAUUGCUCAAGCCAUAUUUGGUUCCUAUAGUUGGUUAUAUACACAAGCCUGUUAUCAGGGAUUUUCAACCUUUCAAGAUCCUACCUACCCUUUGGUAAAUCAAAUGAUUCUUACCAAUGGUCAAUUAUGGAAUUUCUGUGUUUAUCAACUUAAUACAACAACAAUGCAUCAAGAUUGCAUUCAGACAAAUCCAAGAAAAAAUAUAUGUUGGGUAACUGAUUCGAUGAAAUUAUUUGAUCGCAUAGAGAAUGGGGAGGUUAAAGGUUUUAACGAGGAUGUUUUAAGGAAUUUAAUUAAAUUUUACGCAAAUGUACCUCAAAUAAAAGAAGGCGUGAAUAUGAAACCAUAUUUAGAAAAGGAAAAAUUAAUUGCUAAUAUCGAAGAUUCUGAACGUAGAAUAUGGCUUGAAGAACAAUAUAAACAUUUAUUAUCAAAUCGACCUCGACAUAAAUUACCUCCAGAACAAUAUCAUUAUCAAUGGAUAUAUGUUAGGAAAUUUAAUCAUUUUUUGCCUUGGUACAGAAAAUCUCCGUAUGAUAAGGGAAUUAAUGUGUACAAUCGAAAACUUGAUGACCAUACUCCUAAGUAUAUACCCAGAUGUCUGAGGACUAAUCGUAAAUUGAAGUGGGGUAAAACUUUCUAUCCUGAAAUUGAAAAGAAAACGCCAAAAUUAACGAAAAAUCCGAUAUUUACUUUAUGGUAAUAUAUUUUAG